AUGACAAUUUCCACACCAGCAGGACGCAUCACACACAAUGUCCUGUCCAUCCCAACAAACCGGGUCAAGAAAUCUGUCAUUCGUCUCAAUGGAGCAGCAAAACUAUACCUGAAGUACAAGGGUACUGGAAAGGACUGGAAUUCUGAGAUGAGUGUGCACUGGUCUGCAAACAUCUUGUUCACCUCUAGUGCCCUUGGCUUGCAAGUUCAGCUCCAUCCUGCUCACAUUGUACCAGAUAUCCGUUCUACACAUGUCAUGCAUGGCACUCCUGGACACAAGACCCAAAAACUAGCUCUUGAGCAACUCAAACAGAAGUUCCCUGACUCUGUCGAUUUUGCAAUUCUCCUGCACAAUUUGAAACAAGACCUUGAAGGCAUGUGGGCUGGUGUUCAGGUUCAUACACACGAAUUCUGUAUCACACAUCCAGUUUUCAACCAACAUGGUGACCUUCUGCUUGAACUUAUGGUCUGUGGCUCCAACUUCAAUAACAAAAUGGAUGUAAGAGCUUGUGGAUAUUCUACCCUAAACAACAAGCACAGUGUCAUGAGCCUAAAUGGUAGUGUGACACCUGUCAACAUGAAUGGAAACAGUAAUGCAACCAAACCGUUCCCAACGUCCUGA